GAAAAAAAUGGCAGGUAAAAUAUAAUCUGAGUCUUUAGAUCAAAUGGAAGAGAGAGCUUAGAGAAUUUUCGGAAAGCUAUAAUCAAUAUAGAACAAUGUUGAAGGGGAGAAAUAAUAAAAAUUCAAAUUAAUAUUGGGAUAUUUGUAGAGUGUUGAAUCCGCAAUUGAAGAUGUUUAAUAAUAGAAAAAUUAAAAGUUUUUAGAUAUUGCAGAAAAAGUAUUAAUUUAAUUGAAUCAAGUUAUAAAGAUUGAAAUCAAUGUUAGACACAGAAAAGGAGGCUAGAGAUUAAAUCAAUGAAAAAAUGAAAAAAGAAAUAUUAUCAGUUGAAAAGAAUUGUAAAACUCUUUUGAAUAGUUUCAGCAAAGAAAGAUUGGAAACUGAGAAGAGAGUGUUUUAAAAUCUUUCUUAAUAGGUUGAUUAAUUAUCAACAGAAAUUUAAAAAGAAUUUCAUUAAAAGUCUGAGACUUAAAAUAAAUUAUUAGAAAUCUAAAAUGGUAUAAAUUCUAAGUAAUAAAAUAGAGUAAAUCCCUUAAUUCUACUAAGAAAUAGAAUAAGAGAUUAGAAUAAGAGAGGAAAUUGAAGAAAAAAUUGCCCAAUAAUUUAAUGAGUAAUUGGAUGAACUCAAAAGAAUUUUUGAUAGUCAAUAAAAGUAAAGAGAAUAAAGAGAAGAGGAAAUCAUUGGAAUUUUAAAGAAGAUUUACUAGAAUGCCUAUGAUGCAUGCAAAAGGAAUAGAGCUGACAGAGAAAGAAAUGAAGAAUUAUUAGUUAAAUUAGUUGAAUAAGUAGUUGAAAAAAUUAAAAGAGAAAUAGUUGAUUCUGAUUUUUGA